AUGGUCGAGGCCGACAUCCUCAGCUACGGCCGCGCCGCCGUCGAGUGGUCCACCAGCUCGCUCGCCCACCUGGCCGUCACGCUGCUCGCCGUUGUGGCCGCCGUCGUGGUGGUGCCCUUCUUCCAGCGCACCCACCUCAUCGGCAUCCCCGGCCCCCUCGCCGCCAAGUUUUCCGACUUCUGGCUGCUCCGCACCGCCAUGAAUGGCCACCGCUUCCAGUCGGUUCACGAACAGCACCAGAAGUACGGCACCUUUGUCCGUAUCGCGCCCAACCACGUCUCGAUCGCCCACCACGACGCCCUCAACCCCGUCUACGGACACGGAACCGGCACCCUCAAGCCCGAGUACUACGACGCCUUUGUCCCGCCGAGGCCCUUCCCGCGCGGCCUGUUCAACACGCGCGACAGGGCGGAGCACACGCGCAAGCGCAAGAUUGUCUCGCACACGUUUGCGCCCAAGACCAUCACCGCCUUCGAGCCCUUUAUCCGUCGCGAGAUCCAGAUGCUCCUCGACCGCUGGGACGAGUUCUGCGCCAAGGCCAAGGACGAGCAGAAGGAGGGCCCGCGCCCCGGCACAAAGGGUCGCGCCUGGCUCGACGUCCUGAUGUGGCUCAACUUCUUCGCUUUUGACGCCAUCGGCGACCUCGCCUUCGGAUCCACCUUUGGCAUGCUCGAAAAGGGCGUCGACGAGGCCAAGGUCGAGUACGAGGACUCGGACGGCAACAAGAAGGUCGACUACUGCUCGGCCGUCACCAUCAUCAACGAGCGCGGCGAGUUCAGCGGCACCAUGGGCCUCGCCCCCACCUGGAUGCGCCCCUACCUGCUCAAGCUGCCCUGGUUCGAGCGCCGCCUCCGCUCGGUCAAGAAGCUCACCGGCAUCGCCCUGGCGCGCGUCAACGACCGCCUGCAGAACGGAUCGGAGCGCGAGGACCUGCUGGCCAAGCUGCAGUCGGCCAAGGACGACCGCGGCGAGCCGAUGGGCAAGAUGGAGCUCACCGCCGAGGCCCUCACCCAGCUCAUUGCCGGCUCCGACACGACGUCCAACUCGUCGUGCGCCAUCGUCUACCACCUGGCCACCCACCCGGACAAGAUGCGCAAGCUCCAGGCCGAGCUCGACGAGGAGCUCAAGCACUCCGAGGACGUCCCCCUCCACAGCGACGUCCAGGAGCUGCCCUACCUCCAGGCCGUCCUCUCCGAGUCGCUCCGCUACCACUCGACCUCGGCCAUCGGCCUGCCCCGCGUCAUCCCCGCCGGCGGCGCCACCGUCUGCGGCAAGUUCUUCCCCGCCGGCACCACGCUCUCGGUCCCCGCCUACACUGUGCACCGCGAAAAGGAGGUGUACGGCGACGACGCAGAGGAGUACAACCCGGACCGCUGGCUCGCGCCCGACGCGCGCAAGAACUUUGACAAGGCCUUUAUCCCGUUCAGCGUCGGCCCGCGCGCCUGCGUCGGCCGCAACGUGGCCAUGAUGGAGCUGUCGCUGCUCAUCGCCGCCAUCUUCCGACGGUACGACAUUGUCCUUGCCGAGCCGGACAAGGACCUGCCCACCUUUGAGGGCUUCCUCCGCAAGCCCACCAUCCUCAUCGCCGGCCUCAAGAGGCGCGAGUAG